UUCCCUAUGAGAUUCCUGCCGCUGGACCCCUCCACUCUGCUGUGGCCUAUGGCUUUUCAUUCCUAUGUGAUUGCUGUCCCAAACUCAUGUAGGGCUAAAAGCCAUGGGCUACAGUGAGGGGCGAGCUCCUUCUCCUGCGCAGCUGUACCUCCCGUGGGACCAGGUUCGGAGCCAGCCACCAAGGGGCACCAGAAGGAGGCUUUGCUUGGGGGUGGGGCAUCACGGGAUCUGGUAACCUGGGAUCGGGGCUAAGCCGUGUGACCUUGGCCCAGUCACUUCCCUUCUGGCCCUGUUUCCUCACUCUGGAAUGAAGAGACUGGGCCGGUGAUUCCAGAGGGAGAUUCCCUCUGAGGAAGGAAGGAGACCUUCAGGGUGUGCUGAGCUUUCUGAGUUGGUUCUUUCCCCCUUGCCAAAUUACUGAGGCCUGGCUUAUGGCCAGAGAUUUGGGGGCUGAAGUCAAGGGCCUCAGGCCAUGAAGACUUGGGCCUUUGCUCAGUGCCUCCAGGAAAACCUCACUCCUUCACUCCUUUCUCUGAGGUCAGCUUGGAAUCCGCAGCCUUUUUUCUGUGUAAGGAGACCUCUGGGCUCUUUCUGAGGCUGAAAUGGGAACACUCCAUGCCGGCCACGAGGGAAGAGGAGGUGUCUGCAGAGUGAAACUAGGAAGGCAGGCGCUCCCCCGGGUGACAGGCUGGACUCCAGGGUCCCUGGCUCCUGGUGUGCUACCAUCUCCAGGAGCUGCCCCCUCCUGCGGUGUGUGAAGGGCACCAGCCCUCCCUGCCCCCGUCCUGCUUGUCACUCAGCUUGCCUGGCUCCUCCCUAUGCCUGUCGCCACUCCCACAUUCCUUCCCCUGCCCGCUUUUAAAUCGGCCUGAUUUUAGCCCUCCCAUCCUGGAAGAUUCCAACAGGUGGCUGUGGUGGAAGAGGAAGCAUCCUCGUACCCCACCUUCUACCCCCUGUUCCAGUCCCCGGUCUGUCUAAGACAGACCACUGAAGAAUCACAGAAAGCACUAGAUUUGGUAUUGACAAUCAGAAGGCAAGUUUCUUAUAAUAUCUCAGAGCCCUUAAUUUCACCAACCAACAUUUACUGGGUACCUACUAUGUACCCCAUGAUUCUAACCGCCUUGCCUGCACUAACCCAUUUCAUCCUCAAGACAGUCCUAUCUACUGUUAGCCUAUUUUACUUAAUGGGAAUUCUGAGGCACAGGGAGCUAAGAAAUUGGCCCACGUUCAUAUGGAUAGGAAGGAGCACAACUGGGACGUGAACCCACAUGUUCUGGUGCCAAAACCCAUGCUCUUAGCACAUCAUGCUGCACAUUGGGAGAGCCAACACCAGUGCAUGGGAAAGUACUCUGAAAACCAGGGAGUGCUGUACCCAGACGGGAGGUUGUUCUCACGAGAUCUCUAUUGGAUGCACGUCCACAAAUUGGCCCCGUGGCCCAACUCCAAUCACCCUUUGUCCAUCACUGGUUUUCCUUUUCCCACAGGAGGUCGGGGGGAGCGGGGGGAUCAGAACAAUAGGAGAAGCAAAGAGAAAUCCCAAGCCAGCUGGGUUUUUGCUGGGGCUGAUCCAGGCUACUUCCCCUCCUGCCCCAGCUUAGAUGGUGAAAGGAACAAGGCAUGAGAAUUGGCCAGGGUUUCUUACUUGCCCUCUGGGUUCUCUCACCCAGAGUUCAGAGACGGCUGGCACCUUCCUCCACUUCCCUCAUUGUCCAGCUGCCCUGGGCCCACAGUGAGCCUAUCCUAUUCCCUACCCUGCUCUGAGGCUGUCCAGGCACCUGAUUUGCUUCCGUUAACUCCUGAUCUCCUAACUGGAAGUCCAGGCUCUAACCUUGUCACUUUCCUCCCCCCUGCAACUGGGCCCCUCCCGGGAAUCCUGUUGUUCAGUUUGCCCGGGUAGUCCCCAGCACUGGGCUCGGCCUGGGAGGAAGGGUACAGAUGAGCCAUUCCAGAGAUUAUACCUCUGUAAAGCUCUAGCAAGGCAAGGGACUUUGUAGGGAUGGCUGAGUAAAUGUUUGUUGAAUGAAGUACGAACUGGGAGAAAAGAUGGAUGGGGUAAAAGAGGUAAGUUGCCACCAGCAGGGACAUAGAGCAAGCCCACAGCUCAGCAACUCACCGGAGACAGUCCUCGCUUUGCUGGGGCUGGGCCUGGAUUGCUUCUGGGGGUUACAAAGGUGGAUCUCCAUUCUAUUCUUUGUCUCUUGGCUACUGCCAAUGGGACAGGCCUGGAGAAGAUAUGCAAUUGUAUAUUUCACAUGAUUGUUCAACUGCAUUGAAUAAGCAAGUUGCCCUCAUGUCCCUUCUCCCUGGAGGAUUCACAGAUCAGAGGGCUGUGUGUGUCUUGUCCCCUGCCUGCAGACGGCUGAAACUUUAUUCCCAGCAAUCUAAGUCUUUUUUACAGUCCUCAGAUAUACCCAGCAUAAGGCCUCCCUUGCGAGAGUGGGCCCAUGUUUAACAACACUGAAUUCAGAUGACUUUUAUUGUAUUUGUUCCAUUUUUGGUGGAAAUAGAGUUUGACUACUAAGCCCUACUCCUUCCUAAAUAUAAAGACUAUUGGGGAAAAAAAAGUCUCUCUCCCCAUCUUUCAAAAGUUUGACACUAAAGUUUGACCUUUGGGGUUCAUUCUGGCGCUGACAGUCCGGUUCACCAGGUUCCCAGCUGCUGCUGCCUGUCAUGUUGGCCACUCUUAGGGUGGGCCAGCCUCUGCCAAGCCAGGCUGGAAAACACUGAGUGCAGGCCACAAAGACAUUUCAGGACUAUUGCUGCUCUGACCUCUCCAGCUCCCAAGAAUCUCAGAACCACUGAGAAUGCUUGGCUGCCCUUGCAGUCUGGAAAAGUGGAGGGAUCUUUCUCCAUAGGUGGGCAAGCAAGAUACAAGGGUGGCUGGCCUGGCAAGCUAGGGUCUGUGGUCUCUGAAGGCCAUUGGAGGCAGAGGCCUUGGCCUGUGAUUCCAGAGAGCUCGGUGAGCCAGAGGCUAGAGCUCAGGCUCAAGCAGGCCAAGAAGGAGUUAACCUCCAAGGAGAAUGUGGGCUUCUCCCAGACUGGAGGUCUGUGCCCAGUUUUGCUGGUGCCAACUCUGGGAAGAAGUCCUGGGAUCUGUAGUUUGUGCCACCACCCACCCCUGGCCUGCCUGUUUAUCAACACGGUCUUGUAGACUACAGUUCCCAGAAACCUGCAGAGGCUAGGCUUUGGGGGAAGGGGUGGGGAAGGAGGCUCCGUGGCGGCCAGAGGGAGAGGGAGAGGGAGGAGGUGGGGAGAGAAAACCCAAUUCACCCCCUUCCUUUUUAAUUCUUUCUCCUGGUGUGUCUGCUCCACCGCCCGAGCUAAUCCCCCAAAUCCGGUCUCCUAAGCCGCAGCUGCUUCCCUUCGCAGUGAUGAAUGGCUCAGGGAGGGAAGAUCUCUGGUGAGUGUUCUCCCAGCCUGGCGUAGGGCAUGCCCCAGUUCACUUUCGCCUGCUUCUGUGGUCUCCACGGCUUCUGCAAAAUGAAGAGGAAGAAGGAGGAAGUUCACAGAGAGCGGGAGACGGCGGUGUGAUCAGAACCAGGGCCCCUCCAUCAAGCCCCCAGCAGGUCCCAGGCCUGAUGGUGCCUGCUUCUGGCUGGGGCUUGGAGCAGGAAGCCGUGUGUAUAUCUUAAGUCUUGAUUUAGCCAGUGCUCUUCUCAGCCUGACUCUCACCCGUGGGCAUCACCUCCUGUGUGCCUCUCAUCCUCCUCAUGCCCACACCCAUUAGCUUCCAAUUCUCAGACCUCCUUGGAGAGAGGCCCCAGCCACACAAGGGGGAACCCCAGGACCUGCCGCAUGCCUUCCAGAGACUGAGAAGCCCCAGGGAGGCCAAGGAGUGAAACUUCUUUCCUGCCCUGAGAGCUUCGGGGGACUCUUCUCAGGGUAACCGCAUGAGGCAUGUGCCGCCUUGGGCUAGGAGAGCUGUUGCUAAAUGGGAAACUGGCUGCUCUAGCAGAGAACUUCCAGCAGCCCUGACCCUGGAGAAGGCCUCCAGGGCGGAAUUGUGAGACUCUCCUGGGAUUCCAGGACCUGGGGCAAGAGUCCUUUUCCAGCCCCCUGCCAGCAUCCUCCUGGGCCAGGUGGGGCCAGGCCUGAGGUGGCCAGCCCAGUGAGGAGGAAGGCAGAGGUGGCCAGUGGCUCUGUGGCUCCCUCUGUUCUUGCUCUCCAGAAAGCAGUGUUUCCUCCAGCCCUGGCCCUGACCCACCCAUGUUCAUGAUGCCUGUGCCUCCUUGCCAGCGUCACAGAUGUGGGGAGGCCUGUUCCCCAGGCCCUGACUCCCCUCCUCAGGGACUGUCUUGCUAUGGCCAGACUGAGGGACCCCUUUUCUGGACUGAGCCGUGCCCUCCCUCGAUUCUCCUGUCUCCCCUGCCUUUUUCUUCUCUCCUCAGAAGCCAUAGAGGGGACUGCGUUCGUAUGUGGUGCCUUCAGUGGAAACUCUUAGGGUAGGGGGACCUCUAGGACCUUCCUCGACUUUUUCCCUCAUUCCCCACCCCCGCCAACCUUCCAGAUUCAGCCUCUGCCCUUACCCCCAGCCCAUUUCCAGGAGGUAGGAAGCAAAAGAAAAAAGCAUUUCCUUCCCUCUUUCCUUCUUCCUUCCUUCCUCUCUCCCUUCAUUUUGGUAUAACUUAGCCUUUUGUCUUUGAUCCUGGAGUUCUCCGGGGCUAGAAGACAUGCAGAGAGGAAUGCCAGCAGCAGAGAUGCUUCAGGCAGAUUCUGUAAGCCUGUUCUCCCUCAUCAGGGAGCAGCUCAGCCAAGGAGCAAAGUCAGACCCCCUCUAGCUCCCCAGGGACAGAAUAGCCCUUCUGACAGGUAAACAGGUGACCUGGGUAGAGAGGGCAAGGCCCCAAGAUAGGAGAGUCUGGGCUCCCCUUUCCUUGGAAUGUGGGCCUCUCUGGGCAACUAGGGAGGGCAAAAGUCUUCCUCGGCUGGUUCGCCCAAAACCUGGGAGAAGCAAGGGCACAUUCUAUGCUGGCAGCCUCUGCCUGCCCAGCUCAUGCCCACACUCAGGGGCCUUUCCUGGGCUUUGGGCAGAUUGGGUGGGAUUCAGGUUGUCUUUAUGAGGCUUGAGCACAGCUUGAGUUCCUCCUCCCAUCCUCCAACCCCUUCCUUUGCCCCUACCUCCUAGCCCCCACCUUCUACAAUCUGUUAUUUCCUUUUAUAUCCAAAGAAUUAUAAACAGAAGUCCUUCCCUCAAGGGAACAGCAAGAUUCAGCAAUAAAGGCCAGUGGGGUCACAAAGGACAGAAGAAAAACUCCCUGGUUCUUUGUCCUCUUGGAUAGUAGAGGCCUUGGGUGAGGCAAAGAGAUGGGCAGAAAAAGUUACCUUGAUACAGAGGCCAGAGAGCCUCCUGGAGGGCAUGUGUGUCCCUAGCGGUCACCUGUGAGGCUGCAAUCCUAGAAAAGUCACUUCUGUGGCAGAGGAUGAAAUUGUAUCCCCGGAGACACAGAGAUAUUGGGUGUUAUGUCCUGACCACACAGGCUCACCAGGAGGAAAGGUUAGGAAAGUGGAGAAAGUACGUCCUGGGGAGCGGGUGGCCAAGGAGAGCUUUCCCCUUGUGCGCCUCUCAGACCUUGGCAGGGAUUGCAGCUGCAGGGGUUUGGCAGUGAGCCCAUCCAGAGAGCUUCCUCCCCGGGAGAACUCCCUUGGCUCCAGAGGGAUACUAGAUAUCUUGAGCCCUGGCUUUGGGAACAUGGGUGGGGUCCCAAGGUCAACGUGUUCUGAGUGGAGGUCCAGUUGUCCUCUGCCUCCAAGCCAGCAGCCUCUUCUUCACCCAGGGCUGAGGUUGGGGCCAGCACUGCAGCUGGAAUUGUCUGAGCAGGAGGUAGCAGCUUCUAGCCAGGCACACCCCAACCCCACAUUCUAUUGUCCCUCAGUUUCCUUCUCAGGGAAAUGGGGACUUUGCUCCUUUUAGCAUCUCAGGAAGCAGUCUGGACACCUGUGCCCUCCUCUAGGCCCUUGGAUGAGCCCAGGGAAUAGGAAAAGGCCAAAGCAGCCCCAGCAUUCGCAGACCCUGUGCCCUGGGCCUCUGACUUCGGGCCAGGCUUCUGCUCCUUCUAGGAUGGGCCUGGCUGCCCUGCCUUCCCAUCCUCUCUCCAUAGUUCUCUCCCAGAGACUCCACCUUGAGGUGGGGGCCCUGAGCUCUUGGGGUGAGGGAGGGGCACAUGGGUAGAUGAUUCUGUGGAGGAGAUCAGGCCUCUUGUUCUUGCUGCGUGGCACUGAUUCCUCCUUGCAGAUGGGUGAGGGGGCUAGUUUUCCCCAUCUGUAAAGCGAGGACUUCCCAUGGCCAUUUUCCCUCUUGGGCUUCAGGCUGCUGAAUGGAAGAUCAAGAAGUGUGAAGGGUGCUUGGGGUCCUUGUGACUUGAGUGUUGCCUAGGACCCUGGCCCACAGGACCCAAGGGGCUUCUUGUCUCAGGUUGAAACCUUUUUAUCAGAAUGUCAUUUUCUUCUCUGCUCCCAGGGAAGGGCUUUUUGCAUGUAGCAUAUGGGUUCAUAGAAAUAUAUAGGGAGAUUGUUAUUUUUAGAAAAAAAAAGAGCAAUAAUUAACUAACUGAAAUACACAUGAAGUGUUAGAGUGGGAUGCAAGGAGCACUGAGCUGGGAGCCAGGUCUCCUGGCUUCUAGCCCUGCUUGGAAACUAAUGACCUAUAUGACCUUAGACUAGUCAUGUCUUAUUUCUGAGACUCAGGUUCCUCAACUAUAAAUAGGGGAUUACAUGAAUUUCCUCUUAAGUCUCCUUUGGAGUCCAGGGCUCUGUGAGUCUGGGAAGUUGAGCCUCAGUGGGGCAUAGGGUUGUGGAACCAGAGGGUCGCAGGUUUCCUCUGCCCUCACAGAUGCAUUCUGUGCAGACAACAGACAUAUCUGGAGGGUGGAUGGAAGUGGUAUGGUGGCUCUGAGAAGUGAGAGGGGGAGUGAGAGGGAAAGGCAAGUCACCCAGAGCUUCUGCUAGAAUCUUCCCCUAGCCAGGGCCCAGGACUCCUUGCAGUUCUGCCUCUCUUCCCUCCUACAGCCAGGCCCAAGGGGAGUAAGUCAGUUGGCCUAGACUCUGACUCCAGGUCCUGUCUAGGCCAUCACAGGCGCCACUCUUAUGUACGUUCUCACUUUCUCUCUGUCACAUACACACAGCAUCACCACCACCACCACCACAACCACCUGCAGAUAGAUGCUCAAGUGAUUCUAGAAGAGAUCUCAAGGACUGGCGCUCUGCUCCAGUUAUGUAACCCAUGGGCUUCCCUUUGCACAGCUCCUCAUGUGCCCAUCUCCAUGCUGAUCAAACCACCCCACCUCAUUCCUUGCCUUCUGCAAGGGGAAGUGCCUCAGGCUGGAGUUUGUCCUGUCUACAGACUGAAUAUGCAUUUUGCCCAGUGGCUGGAGAUGUGCUGGUGGUGGAAUGUGCUGGUGAUUGUUUCUGGAUGGAGAGCCACAGCCCCCCAGUGUUCUGCCAUGACUGACUCCUGACCUUGGCAAAUUGCCUCCUCUCUCCCAGCCUCCUCCAUAACAGGUGGCGAUGAGUCCCAUUUCCUCCCUACCUCACAGGAAGGCACGCAUUAUAAAGGGCACACUUAUCAGAUGUGCCCAGAUGUGGCUGGAACUUUUGGAGACAGAUACUUGGUUCACAACUGCAAAGGUGGGCUUUCACCAGAGAAGAAAAUCUCUGGGCUGCUGAGUUCAGUGGGCUCCUUGCAGGCUGGUCCAGGAAGUCUGGUGUUCCUCCUGAAGGUGGCUGCUAUGUCCAGCAGGUGAUCAAGCUGACAGUACCACAAGAACCAAGAAACAGAAUCUGUUCCCAAGGAAUGAACGUUCUAUCUCUCUGACCCAAAAGCAAGAGCAAGAGAGAGCUGUCACCAUCAUCACCCGGCUCCCAACACAAACACAGCCCCCCAAGUCCAUAUUGCUGACAAGGGUGUCUGGCUUGGGGUGAAUCCUCUGGACCCCCAGGCCAUCCCUGGAGUGGUCAGUGCCCACUGUGCCAGGGUUAUUGUGGCUAGUCUGCCUGGGUUCGCUUCUCUAAAUUUCCAUGGGAUAGGAACUAUAGAUCAUGAAGAAGAAACAGGAACCUUGACUCUUCGCGGAGGAGCCCAGGAGGUCAGAACCAUCCACCAGGAGGGUGAGCGGUAGCUGCCCAGGGCAUCCCUGGAGGAAGUCGUCAUACUGAGGAAGAAAUUGCCAAAGCCAAGAGCUCCCAGACCUGGGCAGCUCAGGAGCUGACAGAAACCACCCCCCAAGUCUGGAGUUCAAGGGUUUUCCUCGUGGGCUGCUGGUCUGUCUCUUUCCCUUCUGGGGCAGCCGUCUCUCCUCCUUCAGCUCAUUCCCGUGUUCCAUCUGAGGGGCGGGAGGAAGGCACGAGGGGGAGAUGGCAGGACCCAGACAGAUCCUCAGGACUCUCCCAGCCUCUGUUGCCAUGGCAACACUGCUAUUUUUAUCCCGUUGUUCAUGAUGCUCAAAGCUCUAACUUUCUCUGUUCCAGAGAGGCCAGGCUGGUUUCUGCCCUCAUCCUUUAACACAGCAUCUUCUCCCAGAGGCCUGAGGAUGGGAAAAAGUGAUGGAGAAAAGGGGAACCCCUAAGGUCACCCCUCAGCCAGGGGGAACUGUUUAACAGGGGUUUGUCUCUGCCCUUUUGAGCCUUUGGUUUUCUACCUGGCUCAGGCACCCAGGUUUAUGUUUUCUAGAUCAAAACUCUGCAUGGUCUCCCUGAGAGACUGCUCCAGAGAGAAAAGAGCUGCCAAUCAUGAUGGAUUUUUUCCUACACAGGUAUGACACUGCAGCCACUUCCCUUCUUGGGAAAAUUAAACUUCAUUCUGAAGAAUGUCCUGUUGGUGGUAUAAGCCAACCCCUGCCCUCCUAAAAGGGGAUAGAUAAUUAAAUUUGGUUAAUUAGCAAUCAGAUUCACUGGGGAAUUGAAACCAGUACUUCCCUUUCUUCUGUCCCUCCACCAAAGAACCGGAACAAAUGGCUUCAUGUCUUUGUCCAGUCUUUCUGCCUAAAGCAAAAUAGCAUAUAUUCUCCAGGCUGAAAAGUAGAUUCCUCCUCACCCCUACUCAAGACGGCCACAUUUCAAUCCAGGCUCUUGAAGACAGGGUCUAAUGAAACGAUUUCUGUUCUUUCUCUGUCUGUUCCCUCUGGCCCAGCUUCUAGUCCUCUCCUUAUGUCCCCACCUCCAUGGCAGUGGCAAGAGACCCCUGAGAGUCAAUGGUGCUAACGUUCCCCACCUAUAUACCCCUAUGUAGUUUAUCGAGAUUUGAACCCAGCACCUGGGUGGCUGUGUUGGGCGGAUCCAUUUCACAUCCUCAAGAUCACAACCCUGGCGACAGGUCUGGAUUAAUUCUGUAAAGUAGCAAUCUAUAUCAUGCUAAACUCCUGCACUGAGGUUCUACCUGGGCUGAACUGACUCGUGGAUGGUUAAGUUUCCUGGGGUGGCUGGAACCCAUUUACUAAGCCUCUAAUUGGUUUCAUUUUGGCUCAAGUUGCAUGGUUUCCCGAAUCUAUGCACCUGGAGUAAGCACUUUUCUGGUUGCCACUGAAAAGCAUGCCGGCAAACGCUGCUCUGUUAAUUGCUGUAAUAAACAGACUUUAUUAUA